CCAACCAGCGAGUGUAAUACAUCCAUCAAUCAAAACAACCUCUAGUCUCCGCGAAAAAACACGUGAACACAUGGAAGUUACCUCGUUGCUGGCCGUCUUCUUUGCCCUGACCUUUGCGGCCUCCAACGCCAAGGAGAUCCCGGAUCAAAUCCAUCCACUCCGACCGCAGUCUGGGGCGGCCGGCCGCAAGAUCCCGGGCGUUCACUGCCUCAGCUGGCGGCUCGCUGUUGAGACUGACAAUAUCCGCAACUGGGACGUGGUCCCGCAAGUGUGCGAGAACUACGUGGGACACUACAUGCUGGGUGGACAGUACCGGAUGGACUGUUACGCAGCUGCUGCCGCGGCAUAUGAGUACGCCAAGAGCCUAACUUUGGGCAAGGAUGGGAAGGAUGUCUGGAUUUUCGAUGUCGAUGAGACUGCCCUCUCUAACCUUCCCUAUUAUGCUCGUCCCGACAAUGCAUUUGGGGCCAAGGAGUACAACGAGACGACUUUCCAGGAAUGGGAGAAGGAAGGGAAAGCGCCGGCUGUACCGGCAGUUCUUGACCUUUACAAGAAGUUGUUGAAGUUGGGGUUCAAGAUCGUUUUUAUCUCUGGCAAGGCCGAGAGUUUGAGAAAAAUUACCACUCAGAACAUGCACAAUGUGGGCUACCACACUUGGGAGAAGCUCGUUCUAAAGAGCGCAGAGGAGAAAGCCGAGAGUCUCAAAGCCUACCAGUACAAAUCGAGGGAGAGGACGAAACUGGUGAAGAAAGGAUACAGAAUCCUAGGGAACUUGGGAGACCAGUGGAGUGACAUAAUUGGGGCACACGUUGGCAACCGUACCUUCAAACUCCCGAAUCCGAUGUUCUACAUCGCUUAAUUUAUCGAUGCUGAUAAUAACCUCCGCGUAUCGAACUAUCACUGUUGGAAUGACUAUGUAAACCACAGUACCAGAGGAAGUCUCUACAUCCCUCUCUCGGAUUAUUGUUCUAAGAGAUUUUUAUGCUUCCCAACUAAUAGAAAAAAACUCAAAGAAAAAUUCCGUUCUAAAGUCUGGUGGAUGAGAGUGGCAUUGGACAUCCGAUGUCAAAUCCGAGGAAUUAAAGUUACUAAUGUCUGCUCUUUGGUUGCAGUAACAAGAUAGUAUUGUUUGGACUGAAUCUAGAUCUGGACAUUUUACUUUUACCUCAGUUUGGAAGCAGCUCUAAACAAAAAGAAAAAGUAAAGGUUCAAUGGAAUAAAGCAAUAUGAUUCCCAUGGAAUAUUCCAAGGAUCUCUUUUAUUUGUUGGCUCACUUUGAAAGAUAGGAUUGUUACAAAAGAGAGCCUAUUGGGAUGGGGAUUUACAGUAACUACUCUAGAAUGUGAAUUCUAUAUUUUGGAAAUUGAA